AUGGGGAACGAAGCCAGCCUGGAAGGAGGCGAAGGGCCGCCGUCCGGGCUACCGGAGGGGCUGGCACCCGACGGGAAGGGCGGCUUCGUCCGGGUCCCCGAGGGGACUCCGGUCGACCUGAGUGAACUCAGCGAGGAGCAGCGGAGGCAGCUCGCCGCGGCGGUGUCAAGGGCGCACGGCAGGCAGCCCGGAGGAGCAGCGGCUGCACGAAGACCAUCAGAAUCGGAUACCCAUCAGCGUUCCCAGCAGGUAGGGGCCUCCAGGGGCCCUACAGGUCUCAGUAAGAGUCGAACUGUAGACGCCUUUAACCAGGGCCCACCUGGUAAGCCCACACCGGGCCGCAGCCCCUCGUCCCUCAGCCUUUUUGAAUCCAGAUUCCGGCAGGAGCCAAAAGACCCAGAGACCAAGUCAUCCGGCAUGUUUGGCUCCAGCUUCCUCAGCGGGGCCAACCCCCUCAGUGCUGUGUCAUCUAUGACCUCCUCCGUCUCCUCCUCCAUAUCCUCCAUGGGCGAUGUCAACAUCCCCAAGUUUGGACUAUUUGGGGAUGAGGAAGAGGGAGAUGCAUCUACAACAUCUGAGUCCAAGCAGGGAGGAAAGCCACCAGGCAAGGGCCCUCAACAAGGGCCAGGUCCAAAGGGACCACAACAGGGAGGAGCUCUGAAACAGGGUCAGGGCCCUCCUGGACAGGGGCCAAAGCCAGGCCAAGGACCCCCUGGGCAGGGACCCAAAUCAGGCCAGGGUCCUCCAGGGCAAGGACCCAGGCAAGGCCAGGGUCCUCCUGGCCAAGGACCCCCUGGGCAGGCCCCCAGGCAAGGUCAGGGUCAACCAGGCCAAGGACUCCCAGGGCAACAGGGCCCAAAACCAGGUCAAGGACCACCAGGUCAAGGCGCCAAACAGGGUGGCCCUCCCCAGCAAAAAGGUGGACCUCCUCAACAAGGACCUGGGAAGCCUGGACCCAAACAGCAAGGGCCACCAGGCCCUGGGGCUCACCCUGGAGAAGCAGCAAAGAGCGGAGGUCCUCCUGGUCAGCAGGGGACUGGAAAGCCUGGAGGUGGACUCUGUCCACUGUGUAAGACCACCCAGCUGAACACUGGGUCUAAGGACCCCCCUAAUUACAGUAACUGCACUGAGUGUAAGAACCAGGUCUGCAGCCUCUGCGGGUUCAGCCCCCCAGACUCAGCGGGCAAAGAGUGGUUAUGUCUGAACUGCCAGAUGCAGCGAGCGAUGGGAGGUAUGGAUCCCCCUGGCAUGACAAAACCCAAACAAGGCUCGGCCCCGCCCUCGCCCCAGAGACAGGCGCCUGGCAAGCCUGGCAAGCUGCUGAUAAAGCAGCAGAGUACUUCCGACCAAGGGUUAACGCCGCCAACCACACCGAGGCAGAAAUCCCCAGGUCCUACUUCUCCUGGGCCGCUUUCCCCCGGCUCCUCAUUGGGGGGAUCCCCCAAGAUUGACCCCAAGACAGGCCGACCCAUCCAGCCAAAGGCUAGUCCACAGCAGUCUCCAGCUAAAGCCAAACAGGAGUCCAGCUUCUUUGGGGGCUUUGGAGGUAUCAGUCUUGGAGGCUUAACAGACUCCAAACCUCCUGCGUCUGCGUCACAAGCUGCGGAGUCCGUUACAGGGAAACUGUUCAGUGGGUUUGGUGGCUUGAUGGAAUCGCCGAAGCCUCAAGCGCAGGCCGCACCAAAGCAGGAGGAGUCCGUGGCUGGGAAGUUGUUUGGCGGUUUUGGAGGGUUGACAGAAUCAGCAAAACCUCCCGCUGCUGCUUCUCAGAUGUUCAGCUUUGGGUCGUCGUUCUUGAGUUCAGCCACCAAUCUUGUCUCUGGAGAGGACGAGAUUGGGUCACCUCCAGACUCGGAACCAGGUUCUCCUCUGGAUUUUGGCCCAGGCUCACCACCUGACUCCCCAUUCUCUCCUCCUGGGUCUCCUCCUGAUUCAGAUUCUGCUCCUGAUACCCCACCUGCUAAGUCCAAGAAACCCCACAGAGCGAUUUCUGUGGAGCAGGAAGAGAAGGCGUCAGCAGCCAAACCUGCACCUGCACCUGCACCUGCACCUGCACCUGCACCUGCACCUCCACCUGCAACUGCACCUGACCCGGCACCUGCAACAUCAAAGGGAAGCUGCCCUCUCUGUAAUGUGGAGCUGAACGUUGGAUCAGCAGACACGCCAAACUACAGCUUCUGCACCGAGUGCAAGAAGACAGUUUGCAAUCUUUGUGGAUUUAAUCCUACUCCCCAUUUAGAAGAGAAAGAAUGGCUUUGCCUCAACUGUCAGACCAAAAGAGCCAUGUCUGGCCAGCUGGGAGACAUGCCACCCCCAGAGAUGGCUUCCCCAAAGAAGCAACCACCUUCUCCUGCUCCUUCUUCCACCCCUGCCCCUGCUUCUGUAGAUAGAAAACCUGUAGUAGAGGCAUCAGACCAAACCCCGCCAGCUCCUGAUACCAAGGUGAAAACAGUGGAGACCUUGAAAGAGCCUGAGGAGAAAGAGAUGGCUGCCAAGGACAGCAGUCCCACUAGCCCAUCUGACUUAGCCAAGCUGGAAAGCACAGUCCUACCCAUUCUUGAGUUCCAGGCAACCACACAACCAAAAGAUGAUGAGGAGAAACUAACAGACACUCUAAAGACCAGACGUAAAUUAGAGGUGCUUCCUCUCUCGCCUGACUCACCCAGCUCAGAAGAUGACCGAGAGCUUUCUGAGAAAAAUACCAAAGGUACCACAAAGAAAAAGCUACUUGUGCCCAUGGAUGUCAGGGCAGAUUCCCUCGAUGAUAGCAGUGAAAGCUUUGGAAAAGAAAGCCCUAUGUCUGGGGAUGAUGAGGAAUUUAUCCGAAAACAGAUUAUGGAAAUGAGUGAAAAUGAGGAUGCAUCCCCGUCUGAUGAGGAAAACCUAAUCAGACGCAAGAUAAGAGACAAUGAGAAGAAACAAAUGGAACAGAAGACAACCGAGGCUGUAGAGAGGAGUACAUCAGGAAAAGCCAGGCGACUUACCAAGAAAAGCACGAUAAGUCCAGAUGAUGAAGAAGAUAAACAACUAUGUGGCUCAUUGGAUAAACCUGAUAUAAACAAAGAGGAGGGACAAGAACUAAAGGAAGGUAGUGGGACUGGAGUUCGCAAAUUCCGAACUAUGGAGCUGAAUUCAACCAGCAGCCCUAUGCGUAUACCUAAUGAUGAUGGAGAGCCUGAAAUGGAAAGCCUUACAGACUCACCAGAUGAUCGGUCUAGAGGUGAGGGGUCAUCCAGUCUACAUGCAUCCAGCUUCACUCCUGGGACAUCCCCAACAUCCAUCUCAUCACUGGAUGAAGACAGUGACAGUAGUAGUCCCAGCCAUAUCCGUUCUGGUGAGGGUAAACAACACAGGAAAGCCAAACACCGACAACCUGGUCAAAUGCUGCCAACUAUUGAAGACUCUUCUGAAGAGGAAGAGUUACGGGAAGAAGAGGAGCUGCUCAGGGAGCAAGAAAAACAGAAGGGAUCUGGGAAAAAAUCUAAAAAAGACAAAGAAGAGAUUCGAGCCCAGAGGAGGCGAGAGCGUCCAAAGACACCACCAAGCAACCUUUCCCCCAUUGAAGAUGCCUCACCAACAGAGGAACUGAGGCAAGAAGCUGAGAUGGAGGAAAUCAGACGAUCGUCCUGCUCUGAUUUCUCCCCCAGUAUUGAAUCAGAUUCUGAAGGAUUUGAAAUCCAUGCUGCAAAGAUUGCGGCAGUUCAAAAAACCUAUCAGCUUCCUAUAUCAGUAUCUCUUCACUCCCCAACAGAUGAUCAAAAUAUUGAUCAACCACAGAAAAAAACUCUCAAAACUGCAGAUGAGGCUUAUGAGGAAAUAAUGCUGAGGGCCAAGUCUCCAACGUUGGACAAAGGAGGUAUACCGGGAAAAGAGUCCCUUUACGGGGGCAUGCUUAUUGAAGACUAUGCCUAUGCAUCUCUUAUUGACAAUUCAACAGCUGAUCUGGAUGAGCCAGAGAAGAUUGUUGUUCCUGCUCAGCCCAAAACACUGAGAUCACCAGAUGAAGUUUAUGAAGACAUGAUAAAGAAGAGGAAGGAAUUCAUGCAGCUGGAGCAGGAAUAUCAAAAUAUGCAGCCAAAAAAGGAAACCAGUAACCCAGAAAUUGUGUUGCAACCUGCUGAGAAUACCUUCUCCAAAAGCACCACAGUAACAUUAGGCAAAGAUGGGAAGCCAUUGUUGGAUGCUGAAACUGCCUAUGAAGAGCUAAUUAAAAGAGUGCUGACUCCAGGAACAAGUCCAACUCAGAAGGAGCUAGAAGUGGAAGGCACUGCAUCUAGAAGGGCACUCCACCCCAUUCCAGACUUAAAGGUGACGCAGUGCUCCUCGGGAGAGUUGUCUUCUGAUGACGAGAGUAUGAUUAAAAAGGAGGAGGAAAAAACUGCUGUAUCGGACACACCAGCAGCCAUGGAAACUGAGCUUGUGACAGUGUUUUCUGAGUCCCCUCCAUCAUCCACAUCAUGUCAGCAACCUCCCAUCACAAUCACAGAAUCGCAGGCUGAUGUUGUUGAUUUAUCUAGUGCACUCCCAAGAACACCAGUCCCAGUUAUUGCCAGUGUUUCGCCCCUGCCCACAGUCCCCCAGUACACACCCAGUAUUUCUAGCGUAGUGUCAACUGCCCCACCUUUACCUCCCAAGCCUAGCGUCCUGCGUAUGGCUAAUUCUCAGGAAAAAGCAGAAGUACCUGUUGCACCACCACUGCCUCCUCCCACCCCACCAAAACCUACAGUUUUUCCCAGGAAAGCUCCAGUUCCACUUCCACCUCAGGCUUCAGCAACUCCAAUCAGGCCAGAGAUAGUGGCUAUGACUGUAGCCCAAGGGCCACCUACAAAACAAGCAGUUACACCAAUGUACAAGCCUCAAGUCCCCCCUCCUGUUGCCCCAAAGCCAUCCAUUCAUGCAGGGAUUGGGGAUACCCACCGACCAGGACAUAGUGUCAAGCCACCAAUUGCACCAAAGCCUGGCUCACAGCCUUCUUCACCUGCACAUGUCCCACACCCACCAAGACCCAAUGUCCUUCCUACUGACAUAGCUCUGAAUCUGAGUCCUUCUUCUGAGGGCAAGCUGUUUCAACCCUCCCCAAAGUCUCCCUCUUCUCCAAGAUAUAGUAAUCUUCGUGACACAUAUGUAGUCAUCACACUGCCAUCUCAGCCCAACUCUCCAGUAGACAGUGUCUCAACUCAAGCUCCUUCUAGCCCUGGCCCUGCAUCUCCUUCACGCCAAGCUCAGCCCCAAAGCUAUCACCAACCACACACUCAACCUCAAUCUUAUCCACAGCAACAUCCACAACCAACCCCUCCUCAAACAACCAGAGUGCCUCUGGCAUACACACGAUUCACAGAAUCCAUUGAAAGUCAAGAGUUUUGUGGCCCAGAAAAACAUGUUUCUAGUUCUUGUCAUAUAAUUGAGGCUAUAUCUGCCUCUGCCCAGACACCCGUGGUUAUGCCUAACCUGAUCUCUCAAGUUGUCACCACAGAAGUCCAAAGGACCACUGUCUCUGUUGUUCAUGAAAGGACACCACCGCCAGUGCCAGCUCCAAGGGCAAAUGGUGUCCCAAUCUCGAUGGAGAAACCUAAGCCCCAAUUGCCGGCCCAGAAUGGACAGGCCGUCCAACCUUCUGAAGUGGUAGAUCUUAGGACUAUUAAGGUGAACCCACAAUCAGACAUGAAUGGUGUAGAUCUGUCUGCUGGCCCAGACUCAAGACGUCAGUCCUUUGCAGCUGAGGUCAGUCGUCAGAACAGUGCAGUGCAGUCUCCUGUGGUCAAUCUCAGUACCGAAUCAUCCACUGUUUCUAUUUUUACUGACAGUAUCACCAUUGUGACCUGUGCUGCCACAAUCGAACAAUGUGACAAUAUAGACAACUCUCAAGUAUCUUCAGUGCCCCUUCAGUUAACAAAAAAUAAAGCAUUUGAACCAGUUUCUCAAAUCAUAUAUCGACCAAUUGAUUCUCAGCACUCCACUCCUGCUGGUACAGAAAUCCCUAUUAACCUCUCAGUUGGAUCAAGCACAGGUGGAGGAACUUUCCAGACCACUCCCGUCACUAUUGCGCCAACUUGUAUUGCAGGUUGUGUUGCCAAUGGAUUAACUACGGGUGCAACCACAGUGGCUGGAGCCGUUGACCUUAGCACAACAAAACCAUUCAACACUUUGGUAUCAGUGGAUGCUGCUUCUACAGAGGUGGUCACAGCUGUAAUCACAGAUGACGAUGGCAAACCAGUGGAUCUGACUGCAGCAAAAAGAGCUGUAUGCUGUGAUGUUGUGUACAACCUCCCAUUUGCUGGAAGCUGCACUAGUCAGCAACCUACUACACCCCUGCCUGAAGAUCGUUUUGGAUAUCGUGAUGACCAUUACCAGUAUGAUCGAUCCCCGUACGGCAUGAAAGGAUUUGGUGGAAUUAAACCGUCAAUGUCAGACACUAACCUAGCAGAGGCUGGCCUGUUCUUUUACAAGAGUAAGAACAGCUAUAAUUUCAGAGGUACCACAGAGGGUGCAGUAGAUCUUACCUCAGCAAAGAUUUCUGAUGCAGGUGAAGCUGUUGACUACUCCAAGAAAGGGAUUUACGCAGGAAUGACAAUCCCACCCUAUUCCCAAGCCAGAGUCACAAGUGCUGUUGGUACACUCUUUGGUACAAGCAGUGUCUUGAGGUCAUCAAAUGGGGUGGUCUAUUCCUCUGUUGCAGCACCAAUCCCAUCUACGUAUGCCAUUACCACCCAACCUGGGUCCAUCUUUAGUACAACAUACAACACGCUUUCAGGUAUGCAUACCAGCGAUACAAUGCCUUCCCUGUCCAACCUCCAGAACUUACCACUUACCAGGUCCCACAGUUUCUUGUCCGCCAUCUCCUCUAUUGCAACAGAGGAACAAGGAGAUGCCCCACUCAAUCUGGAGAUCUCUAGAGGGAGUAGUACUGCUGCUGUUGCCACAGUAACAAAGUCUUUAUCCCUUGACACCUACACUGAUGCAUCCCUGGAGGCCAUAGCUGCUUCACUGGAGGCUCUGUCUUCACCCAUGGUUCCUGGGGAUGGCCAGUAUCAGGCAGAGCGUGAGAGGCUAGAGAUGGAGAAACUCAAGCAACAGCGCUUGGCUGAAGAAUUAGAGUGGGAGCGUCAAGAGAUUCAACGGUUCCGAGAGCACGAACAACUCUUGGUGCAAACGGAACUGGAGGAGCUGCAGGCCAUGAAGCAGCAGAUCCUGAACCAACAAGAAGACGAAAGACAGGCUCACCUUAUGAUGCAGAAAGAAACUUAUGCUCAGCAACAGCAGCAGCUUGAACAGAUUCAGAGACUCCAAGAGCAGCUGCGCAUGCAACUCGAAGAGCAGAAGCUUCGUCAGAUGUACCCAGGUGGGGACCUACCAGGGCAUGGCGUGCAGGAGGCAAUUGUUUUAGGACCUGAUGGCACAGUACUGUCCCGAAAGAUAACAGAUAGUGGAUGCCAGACAGAUGAAGAGGAUGAGGCUGUCAGCAAAGCUUACACAGCAGGGAGAAAAAAGAGAAGUACUAAAAAGAGUGUUGACAGUUGUGUGCAGACUGAUGAUGAAGAUCAAGAGGAAUGGGAGGCUCAGACCAGAAACCGACAAAGCCGGCCACGCACCGCAAGGGGUGAUAGGGGUGGACACUCAGAGAUGUCUCUUAAAGCCCACACUGAGAUUUCUAUACAGACCGAUACAGAAGGGAACAUUCGAAUGGACACCAGGAUGGAGCUGUCUGACUCUGAAAGGACCUCACCAAAGAAACGACCAACCCCCUUAGAAAUAGGGCAGUCUCCUAACCUCAAAGUUGAUUCCUCUACACUUCAAGCCCCUCCUAAAUCUCUGAACGUGCUCUAUUCCCCCAUAUCUCCCUGUAUAUCCCCAAGCAAAUCCCUUGAGUUUGUGUCCUAUGAGAAAUCACUGGGCGAUACAAGCCCACAAAAGCUAAGAGGAAGCACUGAUCCUUCAAAAACCUCUCCAGCAAGUCCCAGGGGACCAAAAGCCAUGCAGAGAUCCAUGUCUGACCCUAAGCCCAUGAGUCCAACAGGAGAAGAAAAGGCAACCUGUGGCACCCAGUAUGAUGAUACUGGGAAAGGCUCAGGGGGCACUCCAACAGGCACUCAAAAGAAGGUGAAGAGGACUCUCCCCAAUCCACCGUCAGAGGAUGAGUCAACAACGAGUGGUCAGACAGCAUAUAGCACUGGUUCGGCCCGCCGAAGAAUGUGCCGUAAUUCCAACAUGGCACGGGCUAAGAUCCUGCAAGACAUUGAUCGUGAGCUUGAUCUUGUUGAGCGUGAGUCUUCCAAGCUCCGCAAAAGACAAGCAGAGCUGGAUGAGGAGGAGAAAGAGAUUGAUGCUAAGCUUAGGUACUUGGAGAUGGGCAUUAAUCGUAGAAAAGAUGUGCUACUGAUGGAGAGAGAGAAGAGAGAAAGGGCAUAUUUACAAAGUGUUGCCGAGGACAGAGACUACAUGUCAGACAGUGAGGUUAGUAACAUCCGAGAGACAAGGGGUGGCCGUGGAAGUGGGGAGGAUGAAGAGAUUGAAAGUCAUGGUCUUGAACGUCCCAGAACAGCUCCCCAGUCAGAGUUGGAUGACUUUGUCCCACCUCAAACCAAGCAUGAGUAUGGGAAAUACACCCAGUACCAAUACAAUCAAAGCCAAUAUCAGCAGUCUCUUUACCAGACUCCCCAGUCCUACCAAUCCCAUUCUCUUUACUCCUCUGUCCCCUCGCUCACUAGCGCCCAGCAGCAGAGUUACCACCAGAUGCUCCUGUUGCAGCAGAAAGCUGCCAGACAAGCAGCCCUCCUCUCAGAGCUGGAUGCAACUAAAUAUGAAGUCAUUAGCCGCCAGCCUGACCCCACAUCAUCAGCUUACCUGGGUGUCAAGUAUGACAAAUAUGGCAACCACCUUGACCUCAGAGCCUUGGAUGUUGGAAGUAUAGCACGUAGCCCCAUGUCAACUGUCUCUGAUUCCUAUUAUACAGAUAUAGAUCCCCAUACACCUCGGAGUUACAUGUUGUUGGAAGAUGCUGCAGAACUGGCUAAGGGCUCCACAGGCCUUUCUUCAUCUUACAGUCUGGCUGAGAGAGAGCUGGCUAAAGCAGAGAAGCUGCUGCGUAGGAGUGCUGCAGAUCUGGGAUCUACUGACUAUCUUGGCUCCACCUCUAGACUCCAUACUUUUGGAAAGACCCCUGAUGAAGAGGAUACAAUGGAGGAACCCUACGAACUGAAACUCCUAAAGCAGCAGCUUAAGCAAGAGUUCAGGAGAAGUACUGGUGGGACAGAAAACUUAGAACAAUUGACAGGCCUCUCCCAGCACUACUAUACCCCAAGCUCUAGUGUCUCUAGUUACUCCCAAAGAAACUAUCCAAAGCCAGACAAGUACAGCAUCAGUCGACUUACUCUAGAGAAGCAGGCAGCUAAACAACUCCCAGCAUCAAUGUUGUACCAAAAACACAAGGCACCAUUGAUUGAGCCUAAGAUCUCCUCCAAGUAUUCAUCUAUUACAGACAACAGAGGUUUGGAGACAGACUAUACCAGCUAUCUUGGGUCUACCAGUGCAUCUGCAAGAUCCAGCCGGCUCUCGCAAGAUGAGAUUACCUUCGGCCUUCGUAAGAAUAUUGCGGAGCAACAAAAAUACCUGGGGUCCACCUUGGGUGCCAAUUUGGCUGGGUCACUAAACUUGGGACAGAGCCUAGGUUUGGAUUCUGCUUAUCCUAGUGGUAGUCGCUCAAGACCCUCAUCCAGGCCCACAUCUUGUUAUGGCCUGGACUUGUCUAUUAAAAGAGACCCUUCCAGCUCUUCGCUGAGGCUUAAAGGGGAUGGUGAAACAUCUGGAGAUAUACCAAGCUAUCAAACCCCCUCUGGUCGCACCAAACCAACCAGCCUUCCCAUUGUGCAAAGUGGCCGUGGUCGACUACCCAUAGUGGCCCAGAACUCGGAGGAAGAGAGCCCAUUGAGCCCUGUUGGGCAACCUAUGGGCAUGGCCCGUGCAUCAGCGGGACCUCUACCGCCCAUCUCAGCUGAUUCAAGGGACCAGUUUGGUUCCUGCCUGUCCUUGCAGGACUCCCAGCAGCAGCAACAUAUCAGGGAAGAGCCAAUCAGGGGUAGGGGUUACGUGAUGAUGGAUGACCUUCAGGGCACCAUGUCAGAUAGUGAAGCCCUAAGUGAUUCCAUGAUGGCUUUGAACAGAGACGAUGCAACCAAUGCCUACCACCUUAGACGAGAGGAGACGGACUGGUUUGACAAACCUAGGGACGGGCGAUCAGAGAAUGGACAAGAGAAGAGACAGGGAAAAGGCCUGUACUACCCCUUCCCUCACCUCAGGGUCAAACUGCAGAGGGAUCCCAAAGACCGCAGUGUCUCAGGGAAUGGUCUGGGUAUCCGUGUGGUUGGAGGGAAAGAGGUCCCUGGCAGUAAUGGAGACAUUGGAGCCUAUGUUGCCAAAGUCCUACCUGGUGGAGCUGCAGAACAAACAGGAAAGAUUCUUGAAGGAAUGCAAGUGCUGGAGUGGAGUGGUGUUCCUUUGACGGGGAAAACCUAUGAAGAGGUACAAGGGCUGGUCGGGCAGCCAUGCAAUGAGGCAGAAGUGUGUGUCAGACUUGAUCUCAACAUGCUGUCUGAUUCUGACGGUUCCGACCAUCUGGAUUUCCAGGAGCACAGCAAAGGUGACAGACCUCCUAGGUCUCCAGGUGUUGACCCCAAGCAGCUGGCGGCUGAGCUGCAAAAGGUGUCCCAGCAGCAGGCUCCCACCUCCACCUCUUCCUCCAGCCUGCCCCCCACCACCUCAGCGACCUCCAGCCCCGGUCAGCCAGGAUCACCCUCCGUCAGCAAGAAGCGCCACAGCAGCAAGACUGCAGAGGGAAUGAAGACCCAGACCCACCCCAUCUCUGGAGAGAUACAGCUUCAAAUCCACUACGACAAGCAGCUCGGCAACUUGAUCGUUCACGUCCUGCAGGCCAGAAACCUUGCCCCGCGGGACAACAAUGGCUACUCUGACCCGUUUGUUAAAGUGUAUCUCCUACCAGGGAGAGGUCAGGUCAUGGUUGUCCAGAACGCCAGUGCUGAAAACAAGAGGAGGUCCAAACACGCAGGCAAGAGUCUCAACCCUGAGUGGAACCAGACUGUCAUCUAUAAAAACAUCCACCUGGAGCAACUGAGGAAGAAGACCCUGGAGGUCAGCGUGUGGGACUAUGACAAGUGCUCCUCUAAUGAUUUCUUAGGAGAGGUCCUUAUUGACCUGUCCAACACCACCCAGCUGGACAACGUCCCGCGGUGGCUCCCCCUGAAGGAGCAGAGCGAGGGGGACCACCACCGGCGCUCCCACUCAAGCCAGGGCCGACACGGCUCCUCUAAACCCUCCUCACAGCACUCCUCCCCUAAAACCGCUGGAUCCGCACAUGACAAUCAGGAUUCCCCCAAAUCAUCUGUCAUCAAGAGCAGAAGCCACGGGAUUUUUCCAGAUCCGGCCAAGGACACGCAGGUUCCCACUAUCGAGAAAUCUCACAGUAGCCCUGGCACAUCGAAGCCUUCCCCGUCCGAGGGCCAGAGCCAAAGCCACGGACACAGCCAACACUCUCGCUCGCACGGCGCUUCACGCUCCAGCAAAAGUGCCGCACGGCAACACCAUCAGGACAGCGGCAUAGCAACGGGCGAUGCCCCACAGCAGCCUCAGCAGCAGCUGCCGCAACGCCUCCAACCAACUCGGUCGAGCUACAGAUCCAGUGAUGCCCCGGUCACAGCAGCCUCAUUGGACAGCGGCCUGAGUGGCAGUGCUUACAGCCUAUUGGACGAAGACGCAGAGAUGAACGAGGUGGACAGUGCCAUCUUCCAGGUGCCGCGACUUGGCAAGAUCCCAAACGGUACAGACGUGGUGAAACCAUCGUUGGGACUCGGUGACACUGAAGGUAAAUCCCAGGUAAUGGGGGAGAUAAAGAUUGCCCUGAAGAAGGAGAUUAAGACAGAGGGAGAGCAACUAGUCCUUGAGAUUCUUCAAUGUCGCAACAUCACCUACAAGUUCAAGAGUCCAGACCAUCUGCCAGAUCUUUAUGUGAAGCUUUAUGUGGUGAACAUCGCUACCCAGAAAAGGAUCAUCAAGAAGAAGACCAGGGUGUGUCGUCACGACCGGGAGCCAUCUUUUAACGAAACCUUCCGCUUCUGUAUGAACCCGGCCGGACACUCUCUACAGCUGUUUCUGGUGUCCAACGGCGGCAAGUUUGUAAAGAAGACUCUGAUCGGGGAGGCCUACGUGUGGCUGGACAAAGUCGACCUACGCAAGCGAGUGGUAGGCUGGCACAAGCUGCUCGCCAGCACCGCUCAGAUCCACUCAUAG